AUGGGGAGGAAAACUAAGCAAAUGAGGAGAGAAGAAGCCAAGAUCAGGAAAGUAAAGCAUAAACUAAAACAAAAAGUUAAGGGGCAAGGAAGCAGGGGAAGAUAUUUCAACUUGUUUGAUUCAAAAAAUGAAGAAGAUGACCCUCAAAAACAAGAUUUACCAACCGGUGGAACAAGAAAUUCAAAUAUUAAGAAAACUUUGCCACAGGUUGUACUGGAUAUACCGUUAGUUGUUAUAGCCCAAGUAGUUUCAGACAUAAAAGAAAUUGAAAAUCUGGCUGAAAAAGAGACAAUUCCUUUAAAUUCAGCACAGUCUUUUCAAAAAAAAAUCCUAGAUAAGCGUGAGUCUCCACCAAGUGGCUGGAUGUUGGGUGGAUUAAAGCGCACGCCAAUGAAAACUUCUGAAUUCAUACCCUUAGAAACUAAACGUCAAAAAAAAUCGACACAAAAAAAAUCUAAUUGGCCUGUCAGGUCACACAUACCAGUUGAAACAAAAGACAAACCUACACCAAUUGAAGGUCUUGACUUUAUUUCAUUUAAAUCUGAAACAAAAUGCUUAAGCCGUUCUGAAUCCCCACCGCCUAAGCAGAAUGAUACGAAGCCUUCACCAGCAAAAUGUUCUGAUUUUAUAUCUUUUAAAACUGAAGACACCGUAGAGGUUCCAUUCAUAAAAAUUGAGAAUAAUGGGGAAUCUGCCAAUGAACCUAGCCCUUCCACAUCAACAUGUACAAGUAUUGAUAUCACAACAACAAAUUUCAUUAAAAUAAAAGACGGUCUAUCUGGCGAAACAACAAAAACAAUGUUACCCAAAUUUAAAAAUGAAGAUAUCAAAACUGAUGUUAUUUUAGUUGAAACUGAAUCAGAUGAGGUGAAAUGUCUUCCAAACAGACAACUACUCUUAAGAGGUGGCGAACACUACAAAUAUGGAUAUGAAGACAUUAUAACAGGGACAUUUGAAGAAAAAUUAGAUGAAAGCCUUGAUAAAAGUGCAUCUAUUUGUACAAAAACAAAAGGAAAUGAUUGCUUGAGUAUUGCUUUACAUGAGGAAUUUCAGGAUAUGAUCACAAGACCACAAUUUAAAGAGAUUAUGGUGUUCCGUGAGCGACUGCCCACAUUUAAGAGGUCUGCAGAACUUCUAGAUGUAAUCAAUAAUAACCAGGUGGUUGUGAUAAGUGGUGAAACAGGUUGUGGCAAAUCAACACAGGUGCCACAGAUUAUCCUAGACAAUGCCCUAUGCCAAAACCAAGGUGCCUAUAUCCACAUAUUAGUGACACAGCCUAGAAGAAUAGCUGCUUCCUCAUUAGCCAGCAGGGUUGCCCAGGAAAGGGCUGAGAAAUUGGGCAAUUCUGUUGGAUAUGCCGUGCGAUUAGAGAAAUCAGAUUGCAGGCCUCGUGGGAGCAUCAAGUAUGUGACUACUGGCAUACUCCUCGCUGACUUGGAAGUAAAUCAGGGUUUAACUAACUUCAGCCAUAUCAUAUUGGAUGAGGCUCACGAGCGGAACAGCCAUUUGGAUUUAUCUAUGUGCAUGUUGAAACAGGUACUUGCAAAACGUCGCGACUUAAAACUUAUCCUGAUGAGCGCAACGAUCGACAGUUGCCGCUUACGCACUUACUUUGGCAACUGUCCCGUCAUUCACAUUGAAGGCCUGGCAUACCCAGUGAAAGAUUUUUACAUGGAGGAUGUUUUGACCAUGACGGGAUACAGACUGCCGCCAGUCCAGCAUGCUAGUAACGAAAAAGACAAGAAUAUGAAUCAAAAGAAAUCGGGCCUAACUAAGGAGGAAAAAGAUAUGAAGUAUAAAGCUGAAAUCGAUCCCUGGCUGCGGAGCUUCAACGGUAGAUUGGAUAAAGAUAUAUAUACCACACUCCAAGAUCGAAGAAUCGAAAAAUUAAACUUCGAUUUAAUUAUCGACCUUCUAGUCCAUAUAUCUAGGAGUCCGCCAGGUGCCGUGCUAGUAUUUUUACCCGGCAUCAGCGAUAUAUUCAAAUUAUUGCGAAUGAUGAACGAAAGUGAGAUGUUCCCUCAAUCAAACUAUCAAAUUUACCCAUUGCAUUCUAAAUUGCCUACAAUAGACCAGCAUAAGAUAUUCAAGAGGCCACCACGCCACAUUAGGAAAAUAAUAAUAGCUACGAAUAUAGCAGAAACGUCUAUAACUAUAGACGAUAUAGUGUAUGUUGUGGACUGUGGCAGAGUGAAAUUGAAAGGGAUGGAUGUGGAACGCAACAUUUCGACGCUAGACACUGAAUUUGAGUCCAAAGCAAAUUUAAUGCAAAGACGUGGCCGUGCAGGUCGUUGCCAACCAGGCAUCGCAUAUCACUUGAUAACAUCAUACCGCUCACAAAACAUCCCAGACCGUCUCUUACCAGAACUACAGCGAUGCAACUUGCUCGAGCCGGUGUUGGAGAUUAAGAAACUGCGCCUGGGCAAUGCGCUAGACGCGUUGAAAUUAGUACCGGAUCCACCAGCGAAUAUUACCGUGGAAAAUGCUGUGAGACACUUGCAAAAGUUAGGUGCUCUAGAUGACGAAGAGCGGCUUACUCCUCUGGGCUGGCACCUCGCGCGGCUGCCGGUGCAUCCAGCGGCCGGGAAACUGCUUUUAUUCGGCGCACUCUUUGGUUGUCUCGACCGCGCCGCCUCCGUCGCUGCCGUCUGGGGCUUCAAGGACCCCUUCAAUCUAGUUAUUGGCAAGGAACAAGAAGUAAACCAGGCAAAGCGCAACUUGGCUCUAGGAGAACCAAGCGACCAUGUUGCUAUAUCAGAGGCUAUUAUACAAUGGGAACAGUUAGAUCGUGAAAAUCAGAGUCGGUUCGCUUUUGAACAUUUCCUCUCGGAGAACACACUGAGACUGCUGUCGCAGAUGAAAGGCCAGCUGUGUGGUAGUCUGCGUCAAAUGGGGUUCUUGGCGUCGAAGAAUGUUCGCGUGUCGUGGGAGAAUCGAAACGCGGAUAAUCUGUAUAUUUUCAAAGCGAUUGUAGCUGCGGCGCUGUAUCCUAAUAUUGCUAUUGUUAGAUGGACAAACCUGCAGAACCCGAGUAAACAAACCAGACUUAACGUAUUAACACCAGAAGAUGGGACAGUCCAUUUGCAUCCAAGCAGUAUGAUGAUCGUUCCACAACGAGGCCCCAACGUUGGCCCUAUAGUACCGCUGUGUAACAAGCCCGGGGCCAAUUGGUUGGUGUAUUGGAUGAAACAGAAAUCUUCGGAAUUGUUCCUCUUCGAAGUUACGUUGGUGUUCACUUUACCUUUGUUGUUGUUUGGGGAGUUGGCGGUUAGCGAAGUGGAACAUUCUCCCGAAGAGUGCUACUUGUCAGCGUCGACGGUGAAAGUUCGCUGUCUGAAAGGAACAGCUGACGUCAUCUUCCGGCUGAGGACUUUGCUGGACCAGGUCCUGGCUUCCAUGGUGAAGGAGACCAGCGAUAGGUCUACACGUUAUAGUGAAUUUGAUAAUUUAGUUUUUAAGGCUGUGAUAGAUCUCAUGACAUUAGAAGAUGAGAGACCAGAGGGCUUGGAGGACGAAUUCUCAGAUUCAGAUAGCUCUGAUUGUGAAGUUGUACGCGACAUCAAGCCUGAAGAUCGUUACCCUAUUAUUGUUAUUGAUUAAAUGUGUUUAAAUAUUUU